UCAACUAAUCCUUACCUCUUCUUUUCUAUAACUUUUUUAAUCCCUUUCUUUAGUACCCUCCUAAUCUCUCCAGUCCACGUUACUCUUCACGGGGCAGUUUUAUUUCUAGCUUAAAAAAUAUAAAUUACACAGCAACCACCACCUUGUUACUUUCCACUAUAUAUAACAAAGUAAGCCACUCUCUUGCUUAAUACUUCCAUUGCUCUCACUUGUUCUUCUGUUCAUUCAUUUUCUUUUUCACUGAAAAGGUCAAUAGGAAAUUGAGUUUUAAGUGAUGGGUUCUGAAGAUCACUCCCCUCUGAUUGUUAAAGGCAAGCGCACCAAGCGCCAACGAUCCUCUUCCCCGUUUGGUGUUGCCGGCAUGACUGAUAGCUCAUCCAGUGGUUGUUGUGUUGAAGGAGAAAGAUCAGAGAGGGAAAGAGGAGUUAUCGUUGAUAAUUGUUAUAACUCCGUGUCCUCGCCAACAACAUCCGGGGAAAUUUAUGAGUCCACUGAAGAAGAAGAAGAUAUGGCUAAUUGUCUAAUCAUGUUGGCUCAAGGUGAUGCUCCAAGGCAUAUUCAACAAGAAAAUGGUAAGAUUAAUGGGAAGUUUAAUUCUUCUUCUCGGAAAUUGUCUAGUAUAAUUGGUAGUACACCAAACAAGGCGGGUUUCUAUGUGUACGAGUGCAAAACUUGCAACCGAUCUUUCCCUUCAUUUCAGGCACUGGGUGGUCACAGGGCCAGUCACAAGAAGCCAAAGGCGAUUAUAGAUGAGAAAAAAUCGUCACUUAUUGUGGCAGAAGUAAAGGGUGAUUCAGUUGAAGAAAGUGGGCUAUUUAAUAAAAACAGUAGUAGUCCCGUUGUUUCUUUUCCAGCAGUAGCCAACAGUAAGGCCAACAAAAUUCAUGAGUGCUCAAUUUGUGGUUCAGAGUUUACAUCCGGCCAAGCCCUUGGUGGUCACAUGAGACGACAUAGAGCUGCGGCAACUGCAACAGUCAAUAAUCAAGUGGUUGGUGGUGCUAAUUCUGAAGCUAUCAGCAACGAAUCCAACAGUGGUGAUGAUCAUAAGCCUCAUCCUCCUAGAAGUAUUCUGCCGUUGGAUCUUAAUCUCCCCGCACCACCCGAAGAUCAUGAUCAUCAUCAUCUUCCUGAUUCCAAGUUCCAAUUCGGAUCCACUCAACAAGCUCUUGUCUUCUCCGCCCCAGCUUUGGUUGAUUGCCACUACUAAACCCAAAAAAAAAAAAAAAAAAAACCCAUAUGUGAAUUAUCAUCAUCAUUAUUAUUAUAUAUGAUUGUAUUAUAAUUUGAUAUAAAUUCAUGAUACACUUAUCAAUUCUUUGAACAAUUAUAAAUAAUUAAAUAUUUUGCCUUUAUAUUUGAUGAUCUAUGAGUGUAACUAGUUGAAUAGUUAGAGUAAGUGGUUAGUGUUGAUGGUUGCCUUUGAUUCACGAAAAGUGAGUGAGAGGCAUCUUUUAUUUUUAGCCUAAAAAAUGAAUGUGUAGUUAUUGUUAUUAGUUCAAGUGGGAGAGCGAUGUCUAAUAGUGAAGGGAGAACAAGCAGGAGCACCACAACUAAAAGUGGUGGAUUAGGUUUUUCUUUGUGAGUUUUUGGAUACAAAUAAAGCUGAAAUUGAGAAGAAUGAAUGGACAACAAGGCUGAGUUGGUUACUGCUCAUCCCAUAUGUAUCCACCUGUAUUUCUCUCUAUUUUUCUUCUUCUUAUAUAUUCUAUAUUUUCUAAUAAGAUGGCAAUGGUCCACUUUUGCUUGUA